AAAAAAGGCUAGCACAAAUUAGUCUAGAUCUAGAAUAUAAACAUAUUGAUUUCUAUUGAAAUAAAUAAGCUUUUUAUAAAAUGCUUAAAAUGUGCCUAGUGUAAAUAAGAAUGCAGUCUCCAACUUUUCUUUUAAAGAUCUAGAAAUACAGAAAGAUCUUGCGAUCAAUUUUAUAAUGAACAGUCCAUUGGUGACUGAAAUCCAAUAUUUUUAGUUUUUCAUUAUCAAAAUGGCUACCGAAACAAUAAAAGUAAAUUCACGCGAAUUUGUAGUUAAAAAAUAUAGCUUUCCUACCGAGCAAAUUCCGCGAUUAGAUUAUCAGGAUAAGAAAGCUGAAAAACUUAUUGAAAAUGGACAACCAGUAAUUUUAACAGGCUCAGACUUAGUUGGUUCAGCUCACCAUUGGGACAUAGGAUAUUUGUGCUCCAACUUAGGCUCUGGACAAUAUACAGUGUAUUCAUCUGCAGAUGGCAAGUUUAAGUACUAUGAUGACAAGAAACUUACUCAAAACAAACAGUUCAAACCACCAACAACUCAGACAGAUAUGACAUUCCAAGAGUUUGCAGCUAAAUUAAAGAGAAAGGAUAAUAAAGAAUUAAUGUAUCUACAGCAGCCAUUAAAUGACACUGUAGGAACUCGUAUAGUGAUGGAUUUUACCAACUUCAAUUGGGGAUGGGCUAAUGAAACACAGAAGAAAAAUCAUUGGGGACCGAUGACAUCUAAUCUACUAUUAGUUGGAAUGGAAGGAGUCAUUACACCAGCACACUAUGAUGAACAGGAAAAUCUUUUUGCCCAGAUUCAAGGCUAUAAAAGGUUCCUACUCUUUGAUCCCAGCCAGUUUGAAUGCAUGUAUCCAUAUCCUAUAUAUCAUCCACAUGAUCGUCAGAGCCAAGUAGACUUUGACAAUCCAGACUUGACAAAAUUUCCUAAUUUUGCUAAUGUAAAAGGUUACGAAGGAAUUGUAGGUCCUAGAGAUGUACUUUAUCUGCCCAUGUAUUGGUGGCAUCAGGUUGAGUCUUUACAUGGUCAUGGUGAAACUAUUUCAAUCACUUUCUGGUAUAAGGCUGCGCCAACAGUGAAAGUAGUUUACCCUUUGACAUCUGGACAAAAAGUGGCAAUAAUGAGAAAUAUUGAGAAAAUGAUAGCAGAAGCUUUAAAUGAUAAUGAAUCAAUGCCUUCAUUCAUGCAAGCGAUGGUCCAGGGAAGAUACACAUAGCCAAUACAGAAGAUGAACCUUUGAGCCAUGACUCUGACUUGACUGCAACUACAAGGUCAACACUCAAGUUGUUUGCCUGCAAGUUUCACUUCAUUAAUUAUAAAAGUAGACAUUUUUUGAGAAACCAUAUGCAAAUCAUUUGUUCAUAUCCAUUUGAAAAAGAAAUGCCAACAGUUGUACACAUUAUUUAACCAUACAACUUCAUCUGUUUUAUAGCAAGCCUGGGUUAAAUUGACAUGCAUUCAUUUCUUUCCUGUACAAUUUUCCAACUCUGCAUUAUUUAUUUCCUGGUACUAAUUUAUACACAUGCAGUGAUACCGGUAUGUAGAACCAUACAAAUAUUUAACCAAAAAUUUAUGUGAAAUAUUUAUUUUGUUAAACAUAUUUUUUGAUAAAUCUAUAGCUGUCAUUAAUCUAUACAUUUUUAAAUAUGUAUUAUUGAAGGUUGCUGAGUAUUUUAUACUUCAUUCAGUGCAACAUUUUCUACUUCUAGAAAUGUACAAAAAUUAAACAACAAUGAACUUGGUACUUUGAAUGUUUAAACUAAAAAAAAAAUGUUGAAUAAUUUUUUUAAAAUUCUGAUUCAGCUAGUAAAAAAAUCAACAUUCAUUAGUUGUGCUUCUAAAGAUGUUGGUUCUAGAAAUUAGAUUUUUUUAUCCUUUAAAUUUUGUUUAGAAAGCUUUCUGCUGAUUGAGCUGUUCAUUUUGUAGCUAUACUGUGAUAUUUGAAAAAAACACAACUAUUUUCCAUCAGUAAUGUAGCUAAUUGUUCUACUUUGUAUUUAUGUUUUAGGGGUACAAGUUAAGAUGCAUGCCAUUAUUGUCCCAUAUUAACAUUUGUAAGCAUACAAAUAGAAGACACAUACAACCUUGAUUUCCUUCCAUGAACAUUUGUCAACUAACAUCACUACAGCUGUUAUUAACAGUUAUUGAACAGUCUCAUUUUUUAUUUUGAAAUUCUUUCAAUGGGUUUUUACUUUAAGUUUGUAGAAGUCUUACUAAUGUGAAUCAAAACAUAAUAAUUACAUUUUGAAUUAAAAGUUAACAAGAAAGUAUAUUAAAAAAAGUCCUUUUGUUAAGAGCAUGCUUAAUUUUAAAAAAAUAAAUAUUUUCAGGAUUAAAAAAAAAAACUAUUAACUAUUAAAAAGAUUGUUUUUUUUAAAGUAAGUUUUUGUAAUGUAAAUUAUAUACUUUUGUAGACAUUAGUUUCAUUUAUAACUCUUGUCUGUAAUUUUGUAAACUUAAUUACUUAAAAUUUUAUUUUUUCUGUUUACUACAGUGGUUUUUAUAAUCAUUUACAUAUAUUUGUUUCAUUAUUCAAUAGUUUUUUGUUUGUUUUUUAAUUUCUAUAUAUUAAUUGUAUGAUUUUAAGAGAUAGAAAAUGAAUACUUCAAAUACAUUUAAAAAAUUAUGAUGAUUGGUUGUAAGAUUAUAUUUUGCAUUGUUUAGCUACAUUGCAUGAUUUGUGUAAGUUGAUUGCUGUUUGUUGAUCUGCUGGCUGGAUGACUAGUGAGUGCCUAUUUGCAUGUAGUAAGUAUCUGUCUGUCAAAUAUUUAAUGUGAUGUUACUGGAAUGUAAAUAAAAGUUGUUAUUUUCUACCA